AUGCCGUCGAUAGUGUAUUAUAUUAACGAAUCCUCUACCCAACAAGGCGGAGUCAUGUUCAUGCUGGACCAAGAUGACAACAUUGGCGGUGGCCUCAUCGCCGACGAACCUGGCGUCUGCAAGACCGCAGAGAUCGUGGCACACAUCUUGUCCCGCCCUUUUGUCCAGAUGUACACCAUCCCAGAAGAGCAUCGCUCACCAGAUCAGCCCAUUUUCGUCAUCACAACAAACAAAGAAGACACGUAUACGAGGCUGCAUAACCUGUUUGGAUGA